GUCCCCCCGCAGUUCCGGCCCCGGUGGAGGCGCUGCCCCUGCUCUCCCGUAUUCUGGGUCUCUCCGCCUCACGGAGCCUCAGGACCCUGGGGGCCGCCGCCGAUUCCCGCGCUAUCCCGGCCCCGCGGCUGCAGCGGCUUCCUGCCUCCUUGGUCGUUGAGGAUGUGGCUGUGGUCUUUACCCAGAAAGAGUGGGCUUUCUUACAUUGUGAUCAGAGGAAACUGUACAGAGAUGUCAUGAUGGAAACCUUGAAAAACCUGGCCUCAUUUCACAAGACAUAUAAGUGUUAUGAAGGUAAGGAAUGUUGGAAAGCAUUUAGUUGGCCCUCACAGCUCUAUUCACAUAAAAGAAUGAAUGUCACUGGAGAGAGGCUGUAUGAAUGUAAGGAAUGUGGAAAAACAUUUAGAUGGUUGUCACAUCUCUCUACACAUAAAAGAAGUCACAGUGGAGAGAGACCCUAUCAAUGUAUGGAAUGUGGGAAAGCAUUUAAGCAGCCCUCAAGCCUCCAUACACACCAAAGAAUUCAUAGUGGAGGGAGACCCUAUGAAUGUAAGGAAUGUGGAAAAGCAUUUAGUUGGCUUUCCCACCUCUCUAUCCAUAAAAGAAUCCACAGUGCAGAGAGGCCCUAUGAAUGUAAGGAAUGUGGGAAGGCAUUUAGUGUACUAUCAAGCCUCUCUGUACAUAAAAGAACUCACACUGGAGAGAGAUCCUAUGAAUGUAAGGAAUGUGGGAAAACAUUUAGUCAAUCCUCAACCCUCUAUAGACAUAAAAGAAUUCAUAGUGGAGAGAGUCCAUAUGUAUGUAAGGAAUGUAGGAAAGCAUUUAAGCAGCCUUCAAGCCUCCAUGCACAUCAGAGAAUUCACAGGGGAGGGAGGCCCUAUGAAUGUAAGGAAUGUCGGAAAGCAUUUAAGCAGCCCUCAACCCUCUAUACACACAAAAGAAUUCACAGUGGAGAGAGGCCCUAUGAAUGUAAGGAAUGUGGGAAGGCAUUUAGUCAGCUCUCAAACCUCUCUAUACAUAAAAGAAUUCACAGUGGGGAGGGGCCCUAUGAAUGCAAGGAAUGUGGGAAAGCAUUUAAGCCCCACUCAAGCCUCCAUACACAUGACAGAAUUCACAGUGGAGUGAGGCCCUAUGAAUGUAAGGAAUGUGGAAAAGCAUUUAGUCAGCUGUCACACCUCUCUGAACAUAAAAGAAUUCACAGUGGAGAGAGGCCCUAUCAGUGUUAGGAGUGUGGGAAAGAAUUUAGUAGAUCCUCAACCCUCUAUAGACAUAAAAGAAUUCACAGUGGAGAGAGGCCCUAUGAAUGUAAGGAAUGUGGGAAAGCAUUUAGUCAGUUAUCAAACCUCUCUGCGCAUAAAAGAAUUCACAGUGGAAAGAGGCCCUAUAAAUGUAAGGAAUGUGGGAAAGAAUUUAGUCGGUCCUCAACCCUCUAUAGACAUAAAAGAAUUCACAGUGGAGAGAGGCCAUAUGAAUCUAAGGAAUGUGGGAAACGCUUUACACAGGCAUCAAAGCUCACCUCACAUAUGGUAUCUCACAGUAGAGAGAAGACUUAUGAAUGUAAGGAAUGUGGGAAAACCUAUGGUUGUGCCUGUUGCCUCUCGGAACACAUAAAAACACAGGAGAAAGCAUUCUGA